CUGGCCGCGCUCGGCUACAGGAACGUGAAGAAACAGCCAACGGGCCUGAGCAAGGAGGACUUCGUGGAGGUCUGCAAGCGAGAAGGAGGCGACUACGAAAAGGGCGUGGACCGGCUGCUGGGGCUGGGCAGCACCAGUGGCUCCGCGGGCCGCGUGGCACUGUCUCGGGAGGACAAGGAGGCCGCCAAAUUGGGGCUGUCGGUGUUCACGCACCACCGCGUGGAGAGCAGAGGGCCCAGGUCCUCCCCAGCCUCGGCCAAGAGGAAGCUCCGCGCGGAGGACAAGGCGGAGCCAUGCUCUGAGAGCCACAGGAAAAGCAAGAAAGAAAAGAAGAAAAAGAAGAAAAAGAAACACAAGAAAGAGAAAAAGAAGAAAGACAAAGAGCACAGGAGGGAGGCCAGCACCUCCUCCUCAUCCCCAGCUCCUGCACGGCCCCGCAGGCAUGACUCUGACUCCUCCUCCCCCUGCUGCAAAAGGAGGAAGAGGGGACACAGCAGGGAUAGUGGGAGGAGCCUGUCCCAUCGUCGGCACGGUAGGGACUCUGAUGCCUGAGAGCACGCUGCUGGACCCACAGACGCCAGAGCCCAGAGCAUGUGGAGGCCUGUGGUGACUGGGCUCCGGAGUGGACAUUCCCACCCUGACUCCCCCAGGGAGGCACUCCUCAUGGGCCAGAGCUGCCUGUGGGCAUGUGAGGUGGGGUGAGGCAGGCAGCUGAUCUGUGGAGUGCUCCUGAGCAUGUGCUUACUGAUGCCUCCUGGGCCUUGGGAGCCACUGGCCGGCUAAGGAGGGGCCUCCUUUGGGGAAACCCCUCCAGGUCACUGUGACUGGGGUCUGCAGAGCAAGGCCUGGCUGCCUGCAGAGCCCAGUGGGUUCUCUGAGGGCUCUGCUAAAUGACCCCUAGAGCUCCCCAGGUGAAGGUAAGCCUGCUUGGAAAUUUCCAGCAGAGACCAGACUCCUCCCUGUCCUGUCCCGUCCUGUCCUUCUACAGCAGCCCUGGGCUUCCCUCCUUCCUGCCCCUGCCAAGAGGUUUAGCUUGGACCAAAUAUGGUUACCUCUAUUUUUCCUUUAUAUGGAUUCACUUUUUGUACUUAAAUAAAUUUAUUUUAAAAGGAAA